AUGCCCUUGCUAGAUUCGCCCAACCCUUCUUCACGGGCUCGAGACCCCCUAGUCCCCAAAGCAGUCGUGUGGAUGGUCCCCGGUCGAUCAGAUCCAAAUCACUGCAUCGCGAUCACAGCUUUGGACAUUUCACCUGAACGGACACAUGCGGUUAUCGCAGGCAAGGAGAUUCUCAAAACCAUUCAAGUCUCGCCAGACCGCUCGUCAGAAGAAUUCAAUAUUCGAAAUGCAGUCGUUAGCUAUGCAUCUACCCACCAUGAUGCGGGCGUUUCGAUGCCACACAAGGACCAAUUGAAUGUGAAGGACGUAAAAUGGUCACAUGGCAACUAUGACCGGAUAGUCGCAACUGCAGUUGCGAAUGGUCGGAUUGUGGUAUACGACCUACAGCGGCCCGGCCUCCAAUUAUGUCGUUUCCAUGGUCACAACCGCCAGGUGCACAGACUUGCCUUCAACCCUCAUCUCCCUUCUUGGCUCCUGUCUGGCAGUCAAGAUGGCACAAUUCGGAUGUGGGAUCUGCGAUCCGCCUCCGCAAAUCGGGGAACUUCCACGUGCGGCAGCAAACAUUCGUAUCAAGGCAACAGUGAUGCGAUCCGAGAUGUCCGGUGGUCUCCUAACGAUGGUGUCAUAUUUGCGACUGCUUCAGAUAGCGGCGCGAUCCAGAUGUGGGACUAUCGAAAGGUUAACGCCCCACUGCUGAGAAUUGCCGCGCAUGAUCGCCCAUGCUUCGCAGUUGACUGGCACCCAGACGGGAAGCACAUUGUCAGUGGUGGCACAGAUCGCCAAGUAAAGGUCUGGGACUUUUCUUCAUCUGCAGAACGACGGCAGAAACCUGCAUUCCAGUUCCGAACGCCGCAGGCGGUUACAAAUGUGCGAUGGAGGCCUCCUUCUUGGGUUGGUGAAUCUCCUUCCUCGGGAGAAUGGCAAUCAUCUCAAGUUGUCACAUCCUAUGACAAAGAAGACCCACGUGUCCACCUUUGGGAUCUCCGUCGCCCGCACGUUCCAUUCCGCGAAUUUGAUCGGUACGAUUCGCCCGCAUCAGAUCUGCUCUGGCGCUCCAAGGAUCUCCUGUGGACGGUCGGCGAGGCUGGGGCUUUUACCCAGACCGAUGUUCGAUAUGCGCCAACUGUGGUCAAUCGCCGACCGAUGUGCUCCGUGGCCUGGAGUCCCAAUGGCGAGUUUGUUGCGUUCAGUCAACAACGCCCCAGGCGACGCUAUCUAGGAGUCAAUGCUGCUGAGUUUCUACGUCCCGAAGAAGACGAGGACAGUACUGGCGAGAGAUCACUAAGUCAAAGCCCCGCAGAUGAUAUCUUCGAUGAAGCCGUUUUGGCCACUUCUCUUCGGAAUCGGCAUAUCAAAUCGGCCGCGAUUCGACCAUCCAAGUCCUUGGGUAGUACUCCACCUGGAGUAGUCGAUUUUAUACCUGUGCUUCCUCUAGAGCAAGCAUUAGCCAAACUUGCAACUCCAAUGCCUAGUCAGGUGGGAAUAAUUACAAGUAUUCCGGGUGCCACAAACGACCCAGCAGUAUUUCGGUAUUUGGCCAGCCACUAUACACCAUUGAUGGAUGAGCACAGUGAACAUAGAACGCAGAACGACGUCCUGAACUCCUUGAUUGAGUCACUGGACCAUAACGCUGAAUGCGCAGAUGAGGUAUCGCUGGCCAAAUUGGCUCAGACUUGGAGAAUUGUCAAAUUCGCCAUUCUUCAAGAACUCCAAUGUAGAGCUAGGCAUCAUCCAGCGAAAGGUGGUCUAAAAGAUAGGUCAUCUAAGGAUGGGGGCUUGCUAGAUAGGUCACGACCCGAUGAUGGUCGACACGACAGAGUUAAAAGUCGGUUGUUCAAAGGGGUCAUGGAGGCGGUCCCUGAGGCCGAGAGCUCGUCCAAUAUGACCACCCCUAUUGCGCGACCAUUGCCCGAUUCCCCGAAAGACUCGUGGUCGAGCACUGACUCCCAAAUUCCUUCGUUGAGCGAUGGAGCGAUCGACCUCGACCCUCUUCCGCCAUCAGUCUUGAGUGAUCAUAAUGGCUGGGGGAUGUCCGACCGUAUACCAUUGCCACGUGGGCGACUAUCAUCAGUUGAUGAUGGUAAUUCAUCGAAGUAUCUAUGGGACGCUACACAAGAAGACUUGGACAUAGAACAACGGUCUGCACCUCGAGCAAUUGCCGGCAAAUCAGAUUGGCGCCGUCGUGAUGACCCUGACUUCCCUCGGGAAAACUCAGAGGAUGACUAUGAUCAAAAACUGGAGGAUAAACGUGCAGCAAUUCGCGACUACAAACAAUUUCCCAAGAAACCCUUGACUCUUGAAUCGCCAAUGGAAUCUAAUCGGCCUCCUCGCACUGACCGCUAUACUCGGCAUGAUUCUUCAGAGAGUUUCCCCAUGUUCUCUACAUCUACCGACAGUUCGCACCCCUCCAAGUCUAUUGGGGCGUCGUACUCGUCUACUGGACAACUUGAGGCAUCUAAAUCUCUGGAUGCCGGACAAUCUGCCGCGACGCUGAGAAGAGGGUCGAUUCUAGCUUCUACGCGUGAGGAAUCCGAGGAUGAGAUGUUUGAUCAGGUUGUCUCAGAGACUGAUCGACUUCAUCUGGAGCGCCCGUCGAGCCCUCCCCCUUUGAUCACAGAAUCAAGUCCCUUUGAAAGACACCAGCAAUCAUUCCCACCAGAUGAUACAGCUGAUCUCGGCAUGCCUUAUUCAGCAGUGGGGGGCAUCUCGCGAGUUCAAAUCCCCCUCACGCCAGACGGAACAGACUUGAAACCGUGGGGUAUUGAAGCGAUUCUAAAAGAAUCCGUCCGGUAUUACCACAGCAGCAGUAGCUUAGUCGAUAUUCAGGCUGCCGCCCAUCUUCUCCAGAAGCUGCACGUUCUGUUCCGGGAUUGCGAACAAAUUCUCCCAUAUGAAGAAUGCGAAAUGGUUUUCAAAACUUACAACGAGCACCUGAUUCGGCACUCAAUGGACCUCGAGGCAGCAGAGCUCCGUCUAUUUUGUGUAUCAACAUACCCUGCCGUCUACGAGUACGCCCAGACAGACUCAUUUAUCAACGUCUAUUGCUACACGUGUCAACGACCCUUUGAAAAUUCCACCCAAGAUAACAGCCGCUGCUAUCGCUGCAACACACCUCAAGCACCAUGCUCUAUUUGCAUGAGCCUUGAUCCACCCCCAGAAUGGGUUUCAGAGCAGCAAACUCCACUCAUUACUUCAUCGCCCUCGAGUCCCGAUCUAGACUCUGAAAGCAGAUCGACCCAUUCGGCACAAUCCUCAGUUCCCACUGAACCCAUCCCAGCGGCAGAGAUGGAUAUUAUCGGGUCCUUCACUGUGCCUCGGCCCAAAGGCUCCGCCCUCUGGACCUGGUGCCAAGGCUGCGGUCACGGCGGUCAUAUAGCCUGCAUCACAACCUGGCUCGGCGACAUCUCAACCAGCGAAGGUGGAUGUGCCACAGCUGGCUGCUCGCAUGACUGCGGGCCUGGUCCACGUCGCGAACUAAACCGCCAAGCCUUGCAGGCGGAAUCCAAGCGUCGCGACUCUGCUAGUCGCUCCGCCGGUGUCGGACUCGUCAAGCGCGAUCCCUGGACCAAGGGUGAAAGUAAGGCUGUCGAAAAAGUCCGCGGCAUGCUGGGAGUUGCUGGCGUUGCCGCUGCCACUGGUGGCAGUGGUGCUGGUCCGAUCACUUCGACAAACAACACUUCCACUCCAGCGCCGGUUUCCCCCGGCGCCAUGUCGCCUAAAAGGGUGCGGCUUGUUACCCCAAAUGAACAAGAGAAGGAAAGUGUUGGCUUAGCUCGCACUGGUCCUCCUUCUAGGGACUGA